GGCCGGAGCGCACCAGCCGACUCGACUGCGCGAGUGAGAGCGAGAGCAGAAAGCCCGCGCGCCCGCGCAGACACAGACGGAUACGGAGAGAGAGAGGUAGCGCAGCAAGCACAGCAGACGGAGGCGCGAGCGCGGCCGACUCGUGUUUUUAUUUAUUACAUUUGUGACUGGCUAGAGGGAAAUACACACACGUAGACACAGACACACGCUGCUCGCCCGGCGCGGACCACGGAGUCACUCCUCUCUGCCGCAGCUGAGCCACACUCUCGCGAGCCGGGACUUCGAGUGGAGAUACGUGCCUUGCAGAGCUGCUCUGCUCUGCUCUGUCACUCGUUCUCAUUCAUUCAGUGCGCGUGGACUACACCUGGACUCUGUGUUGUUGUGCGUAGCCUGCCUAGUGAAUUUUCCACUCGCGACGAUGGACCAGUGCCGUUGGAAUUAUCAUUAGUGCACACGGUAUAAUACGUAUAGAGAAGUGCGCGACAGCCCGGUGACACUGUGCGCGGCGGACACGUGACUGUCUCUCUCUCUCUCUCUCUCUCUCUAUCUCUUUUCCGACCAAGUCCAACCACGACGGCUCAAAAUGAUCUGAUAGGCCCCGCGUGGAUGCUCUCCGUCGAUUUAUCGAAGGACCGUCUAGCGUAUAGGACACGGGCUCCGAGCGGGAGCUGCGCGCAGCAGGCGUAAAAUGACUUGUACCCCCUGUCAGUGCUCUUAAGUUACCCAGGCGGUCCGGGCUAACCCGCGGAUCGUCUCCGUAGACUUGUGCACCAUCAAAUCAUCAACAAUUCAUCCCCUAGCGAAGAUCUAUCCGUGGUUCAGGGCCCAGCAUUCCGAGCGUCAGCUUUGGGGCAGCCCUGAGUUGCAGCAGUUGCAGCAGCACUACGAGGCUCGCCAGCAGCAGCAGCAGCAGCAGCACCACCAGCCGACGAAUCUAGCGCCCAUGGAUCACGGAGCGAUGGACAGCUCAUCGGAGCACAGCAGCCGGGCCAGCCCGAUCGGGACCAACAGUCCCAAGAACCCCAACAGCCCGGCGCAGAGUCAGUCGCAGGUGCACUCGCUGCCGAGCGCGCACCAGCAGCCCCACCCGCGCGACCAGCUGCAGCGCGAGCACAGCCAGGCUCAGCAGCAGCAGCACCAGUCCCACCGGAGCGUGCCGACGCCGGGCUCGCCGACGCGGGGCUCGCCGCCCCAGGGCUUGCCGCUGUCGCCGCCGCCGUUGUCGGGCGCGGGAGCCGGCGGCGGAGGCGCGCCGGCCGGCAUGGUCCCGAGGAUGCCGGGCCUGCCGCCGCCGGGCCUCGGCCUCCUGGGCCAGUUGGGCGGCAUGCUCGGCGGUCAUCACGGCCCACCGCUCGAGCUGAUGGCCGCCCACCACGCGGUCAUGCCGCCGAGGAACUUCAACAGCCCGCCGCCGAUCAGCUCGAGCGACCCCACGGCCAACGAGUGCAAGCUCGUCGACUACCGCGGCCAGAAGGUCGCGGCCUUCAUCAUCCAGGGCAAUACGAUGCUCUGCCUGCCUCAGGCGUUCGAGCUCUUCCUCAAGCACCUCGUCGGAGGCCUGCACACGGUCUACACCAAGCUCAAGAGGCUCGACAUCGUGCCGCUGGUCUGCAACGUCGAGCAGGUUAGGAUCCUCAGGGGGCUCGGGGCCAUCCAGCCGGGAGUCAACAGAUGCAAGCUGCUCAGCUGCAAGGACUUCGACGUGCUCUACAGGGACUGCACGACCGCCAGCUCCAGGCCAGGGAGACCACCGAAGCGGGCCUCUGUCAGCCUGAGCCUCGCCGCUAGUCAUUUGGCCGCCACGGCUGGCCAUCACGCGCAUCAACUCAAGAAGCAUCGCCUGGACAAUGGCGAUUACUACGAGAACGGACAUCUCGAAAGGGACCUAAAUCACCUAGCUUAUCGAUUCGGUUUAGAGGUGCCGCGACUGGAGAAAUCGCCGCUGCUGGCUAACGGCUACAAUCAUCCGCCGACGCACCUGAGCCACAUGCAGUUCAUGCAGCUAGGCGGCCACCCAGGCGCCGGUCACACGGCCAUUCUGUCCCCGGCGAGUCUACCCCAUCACCUACAGGCCCAGGCCCAGGCGAGAGCCGCCGAGCAGGGCCUCAAGGUCAACCACAACAUGACCAACAUGGAAGCGCUUGCGAGAUCCGGCGCGGUCUGGGACAACUGCCGGGCAGCCUACGAGGACAUCGUGAAGCAACUCGAAAGAUUGAGGGAUGAGCGAGGAGAGACCGAGAGGGCGCUGGCGUUGGAUCACAAGCAACGGGACCACAGCUCGCACAAUGGUUCCUCAAACGGUCACAGUCCAGUGCUGAACCUGUCGAAAACCGCUGGAAGCGGCAGCGUCGGCGAGCAUUCCGGAAGCGAGGCCGGCGGGUCGCAUCGUUCACAGGACGACGAGGAGGAAGAGGACAACCUUUCCGAGGAGCUCGAGAACGACGAGGAGAAAGACGAAGACAUGUCCGACGUGCCGGAGAACCUGCCGCUGGCGGCGCCGGGCUCGGAGAGCCCACAGGCCCUGAACUACUCGCAAAUCGCCUCGGCGGCGGUCGCGGUGUCCCAGGCCGGUGGACAGGAUCCCUCCUCGGUCUCGAGUACGGAGACCCUGCUAAGGAACAUUCAGGGCCUGCUCAAGGUAGCGGCGGACAACGCGCGCCAGCAGGAAAAGCAAAUCAACUACGAGAAAGCCGAGCUUCAAAUGGACGUGCUGAGGGAACGGCAAGUCAAAGACAAUCUUGAGAGGCAACUGCAGGACGAGCAGAAAAUUCGAGUUGUCUAUCAGAAGCGUUUGAAAAAGGAGCGAAGGGCCAGAAAACAAAUACAAGAUCAGCUCGACCUCGAGAUCAAGCGACGCACACAGCUCGAAGAUGCGCUGAAAGCUACGGGAGCGACGCCAGAGCAAGUCCGAGCGAUAACAGACAGCGUAACCGUAGAAUCCUCGCGAACGAGCGUCGAGCCUCCGGAGGACUCGCCGCUGGGUCACUCAUCGCAGACGGGCGGUCAGCCGGCCCAGUCGUCCCAGUCGUCGAAUUCGCAAUCGUCGGGCACGCAUCCACGGCAACAGCAGCAGCAAGACCAGCAGCAGCAACAGUCCCAGUCGCAGAAGCAGCAGCAGCAACAGCAGCAGGUCGCGGUGGCGGCAGCGGCAGCAGCGGCGGCCCAACAGUACAGGGAGGCGACACAAGCCGGUAGUGGAGUUCGCUCGUCGUCCCAGCAGCAACAGCAGUCCGGUCAGCCCCAGCAGCAGCCGCCCACGCCCGAGAAGCUCGGAUGGGGAUACAGUGGACUCGAUCUCAUCGGCAGCCAGGCCACGGCUUUGUGGCAGAACUACCAAGAUUCUCUGGCAGAGUUUGAACUGGAGAGAAAAUCGCGCCAGCACCCGACGGCCGAGAGGGACCAAGUCAAGUCCCCACUUCAAGAGUCUCGAGCAGGCUACUACAAAAACUCAGUCCUGUUCACCAGCGCAACCUAGAAGAGAUCGCAUUCAGCAGACGCGCGAUAAACGUCGCGGCUGGAGACUCUACUGCCACCGGUAUAAAGGGUGACGAACCGCAGAGGACGACCGAACGAAGAGAAGAAAAGCGCGUCACACUGCAUCGGAAACGAGAAGCGAAAAGAAGCGCUCGAUCGACGCCGGAAGCGAAGAGAAGAGGGACACGACAUAUCAAGGACCGAGCCAGAGUGAAGAUCGGGCGAAAAGCCAACCGGCGUCGAUUCUCUCUCGCGAGGUAGAGGAAGGGCUAUUAUAUAUUAACAGUAGGGGAGUCGCGCGAAUCAAGUAUACAUAAGUGAAAAUAUUAUAAAUACGUAUAAAUACAUGAUAUAUAAAGGCAGCGAGACCGAGAGAGAGAGAGAGAGAGAGAGAAAGAAUGGAUGAGAGAGAAAGAGGGUUAUAUGCAUUUCGUGUGUAGGUCGGAGCUAUAUAACGAAUAGUACACCAGUGCGUAAGAAAGCCGGGACAUUAUACGAUAUGAGACGAUAUUUGUAAGAGAGAGCAUCGUGUAGUGCGUGAAAGUGGGCGAGAGAGAAAGAGAAAGAACGAAGAGAGAUAUUUAUAAAGACUGCUUCACCAAGAGUACGCGAGUGUGUCUGUGCGAGAACGAGUGAAUUCCUAUAGUGCUGUUCUACGAGGUAAACGUUGUCGAAAGAAAUAAUGUACGAGGGAAGGGCAAAAGAUUAAAUAACGAUUAAAGAGACGCAGAAUCGACUAUACGUUCUAUAAGCGAUCGAACAAAAUAGUUAGUCCAUUAUAGCUUAAGGUACAAAUAAAUAAGGGAUUCAAAAAAAAGAACAAACGAGAGACUCAACUCGCUCGCUCACUCGGAUUCCGUCUUUUUCGUCUCGUGCUUCUAUAUCGUCAUCGCUGUUAUUAUUAUUAUUAUAUCCUCAUCCUCAUCCAUUAUCACUAAUAUAAUUAUUAUCAUCGCUAUUAAUUAUUAUCAUCAUCAUCGUAAACAACGCGUAUAGCAUCUACAUAAUAUUCUCGAGAUCGUGAACUGAGAGAAAGAGAGAGCAUCGGAUGAGCGAACGAGACGCGCGAAUAGGCGAAUGAAAAAGACAGGUAAAAUAUAUAGAACAGGUGCGCGCAUCGCACGGAGGACCCGACACGGAGAAGGGAUGAACACGUGGCCCAUUAUUAUUAUUAUAACGCAUUUUCCUUCUCCAGCGCGAGAGUCUCGGACCGAGAGACAAACUUUUAUAGAUUAGCGUGUGAUUUUUUAAAGCCGCGACGAUCCGAUUAUAUAAAGUAUAUAUAUA